GUUUAACUCAGCCCCUACACCAGCAGCCACGAGCGGCGUACGAGGAGGGACCAAGGCUGGCCAGGCCUCCACCCUAGACAGGAAGUCUAGUCUAGAGUCUAUAUAGUCCCAACCAGGACUAUAUAGCCAUUUGGGAGGGAGAACUCAAUGUUCUUCCCGGCAAAAACGUGUGGGCCUGGCCGGCCACGCUUCGCUUCGGAGGGGUGCAGGUUCCAUUUCUUCCAAGAAGGUGGGGUGCCGAGGCUCGGGCAGCAUGACGACGGAGACCUUUGUGAAGGAUAUCAAGCCUGGGCUCAAGAAUCUGAACCUUAUCUUCAUUGUGCUGGAGACAGGCCGAGUGACCAAGACAAAGGACGGGCAUGAGGUUCGGACCUGCAAAGUGGCGGACAAAACAGGCAGCAUCAAUAUCUCUGUCUGGGACGAUGUCGGCAAUCUGAUCCAGCCUGGGGACAUUAUCCGGCUCACCAAAGGGUACGCUUCAGUUUUCAAAGGUUGUCUGACACUAUAUACUGGCCGUGGGGGUGAUCUGCAGAAGAUUGGAGAAUUCUGUAUGGUUUAUUCUGAGGUUCCUAACUUCAGUGAGCCAAACCCAGAGUACAGCACCCAGCAGGCACCCAACAAGGCGGUGCAGAACGACAGCAACCCUUCAGCUUCCCAGCCUAACACUGGACCCUCUGCUGCUUCUCCAGCCUCUGAGAACCAGAAUGGGAAUGGACUGAGUGCCCCACCAGGUCCUGGUGGUGGCCCACAUCCCCCUCAUACUCCCUCCCACCCUCCCAGCACCCGAAUCACUCGAAGCCAGCCCAACCACACACCUGCAGGCCCGCCUGGCCCUUCCAGCAACCCUGUUAGUAAUGGCAAAGAAACUCGGAGGAGCAGCAAGAGAUAGCAUGACAUUCUUUCUUCCUGCCACCAACCACAUCCCAAGUGUCUCCUGGAGAGCAAGAUAGCCUUCCGCUGGCUGGCUGGUGUAGCAGUAUUUUAGCCACUGAACUUCCGUGGAGGGUGGUGAGCAGUGUCCUUAUCCACCCUAAUCUCAUACUCCCUCAUCGUCCAGAUGAACUGCCUGUCCCCUGGGAGUCAGGACCCUCUGCCUGCUCUCUUUCCUCUUUAGAAAUGGCAGUUACUGGCUGGGCACAGUGGCUCACGCCUGUAAUCCCAGCACUUUGGGAGACCGAGGUGGGCGGAUCACCUGAGGUCGGUAGUUCAAGACCAGCCUGACCAACAUGGAGAAACCCCGUCUCUACUAAAAAUACAGAAUUAGCCAGGCAUGGUGGCGUAUGCCUGUAAUCCCAGCUACUUAGGAGGCUGAGGCAGGAGAAUCGCUUCAACCCGGGAGGCGGAGGUUGAGGUGAGCCAAAAUUGCACCAUUGCACUCCAGCCUGGGCAAUAAGAGCGAAACUCCAUCUCAAAAAAAGAAAGAAAGAAAGAAAAAGAAAGAAAGAAGAAAGAAAUGGCAGUUACCAUCUGUUUCUUCUGUGUGAGACAUGGGAGUCUAACUGAAGUCUCUCCUUCCUAAUAAAUGUUACCACUCUA